GUUCUGACUUUCCCCUUUUCCCAGUGGGAAUUCCUACUUGUACAGCAGAGGCCGUGGCUGGUUGGCAGCUGCAGUGCCUGUGUGCUUUGUUCAGUUGUUGUUGUCAGUGCUUUGUGCUGGAGGGCACUGUUUUGUGGCGCUCAUUGGUUGCUAUUGGAUAUUUGGAUAGUCUGAGCGGAUUGGUUUAGCGCCUUGCGAGCGAAAGGCUCGGCCUUCAUUAGGGCAAAUGUUCUACCCUUAUUUAUGGCAGCUUUUGGAAUAGAAAAAGGAAAGGACUGUGUCAGGAUGUCUUCUGUGGGGACAUUUGCAGACGUGAAGGUGUCGAUCUGGGGUACAGUCGGAGGGGGGUAUGGUGCCUGCUGGAGGGCGAAACCCCCCGCCACCCUUUCCAAGAAUUCUGGUUACAAUGCUUCAUGAAAUUUAUACACUGCUUGACUGCAUGAAUGAGGGGGCCAGGCUCUCUGGACCCUGACAUGGUGGUAGCUCUUGAACCCAGAGCACUUGGGACCUACUUUCUCUCUCUGCCAGCCCUUCAUGCUUUGGGCUGCCUCUUUCAGGCUCUGAUGAUGCCCCUUCAGGUCACUGAACUGCAGAGAGAUGGAAGGAAUUGGUCAGAGUGGGCCGGCAAGGAUCAAUUAGGCUCCACAUACGCAUUUCUGUUCUGCCAAUUCUGCAGUGGUUCACUGUUUUCUCCAGACGCCCCUCCUCACACCCAAGAAUUGGGGCUGCUGGCAUCUGAGUCGCUCUUUCUGCUCAUCUCUUCUAGGAUCAGGUGCUUAAGACGCCUGUUCAGGCACUGCCACAGGGUGGCCCCCCAGCCAGACACAGAGCAGCCCGUGGCGCCAGUGCUGCUGCGGUUCAGCAUCCCAGGCCCAGAGCUGCUAGAGGAUGAACAGCUGUACAUCUUGGGGGUCAUCAACAGCUGCCAGGCAGCUGAGCUCAGGGGGCUGCGAUCCCUGAUGUGCUCCAAGGAGAAGACAGCCCAAAAAAUUCUGGACAUCUUGGGGCCCUUGGAGCACUUCAGAGAUUGCCCCCUGACUCUGGCCCUUGCCUUGGAGGCCCUCCUCCAGCUAAGCACGAUGAGGCCCAGAUUCACCUCUGACAUGGUCAGUGCCAUCCUGCACAGGAUGUUGGAGGCCAUGCUGUGUGGGGCCAAGGAGGAGGAGGAGGAGGAGAAGAGAGAAGAACUGAAGAGGCACUACCGGCUUCUGCUGGGCAGUCUCCUUAUGGAAGCCCCCAACCCUGGCACCCUCCUCCAACUUCUCAGUGACCUCAGAGGAUACGCCCUGGGGGAAAGUGGGGAGGCACAACAACUUGCGGCCAGCAGCAUCUCUUUGCUGCUGGCCAUUGCCAGGAAAUAUCCCAAACUCAGAAUGACAGUCAUUCGGCCGGAACUGGCUUGCUUCCGCCGGAAGCCAAAAGAAGAUGACAUCAUCAUUGAAGAUCUAUAGCCGUAACUGUCUGCAGCGACGUUGGAGCGGCUAGGGUCUGAGGAUCAGGAAAGCACUCAGCGUCGGCUACUGGAACAGUUUGAACUGCUAGAGGACCACAGUAGGCGAUUCACAGAGCGGCUACACCAGUUGCAGAGCCAGGCGGGACCUGAGGGUCAACAGAGGCAGCAGCUAGAAGCCGGUGAGUGCCAGCCAGGAGUGUCCAGUCGGACUCUAAAGAGAGAGUCAGGAGAGAUUUCUGGAGACCCCACAGAAGGGGCUCAGCAAGCACCAGCAGAGAUGGCAGAUUUCCAGUCUUCCCAAGUUGUAAAUAUUGGGAGAGGCAUCCCUUUUGAACUUCUCUCAGAAAGCAACUGGCUGAGUUGGUCAAUAAAAAUGCAGCAGUUGUUAAGGAGAGAUGGACUAUGGGACUGCGUUGAAACUGAGGUUUUGAGACGGGACUCUACUGAGAAAAAACGGCUGGAUGAAAGGGCUCGUGCCCAAAUUAUGCUGUGUUUGAGCAACUCUCAGUUAUUGCAUGUAGCAAAUGCCAGCACAACGUUUGAGUGCUGGAAUUUAUUAAGGGCAAUGCAUGUCAGAGAAACUGCUGGAACUAUAAUUUCUCUGACCAGAAGGCUGUUCAGGACUGUUAUCAAAGAAGGUGAGAGUUUGGCAACUCAUCUUCAAAUGCUGAAAUCUCUGUUUCUUCAACUACAACAGAGAGGUAAGCGUUAGGAUGAAACUGACCAAACCAACAUUAUCCUUUCAAGUUUGCCUGAAAGCUGGUUGCCUGUGAUUAACAGCAUGGAGAGUAUGCGUCCCCGAGAUCUGACCCUUGAGUAUGUGGUUGGAAGAUUGACCAAAGAAGCAGAAAGAAGGUCAGACAGGCAGGCUGAACUCCAAGAGCGGAGGAGUUACAGCUGAGGGGGCCAGCAGCAGAAUCUGCCAAUGGGACAACGCCAAGUUUGGGACUUGGGCAUGGCGGUGAGGAGAUGCUAUAGAUGCAGCCAAGCAAGGCAUCUCCAACAUCAAUGCAGGGCAAGACCUCCAGGAGACGACAUGGAGCAGAGACAGCAAUCGAUGCAGAAAUGUAAGCAGAAGGGGUUCUCCUCAGGGAAGAAGAACACGCGUUCUGCUCAUCUUGUGUCUGCAUUUUCUCGAGAGGAGAGGAAGAUACCUCGAGGAACAUGGUUGCUGGACUCUGGUAGCAGCAGGAUUGUCUGCAACAGUCAGGAGGACUUUAAGACCCUGGGGAAGCCAGCUGAUGGAAAAGACUCAAUCUAUCUUGCUGAUGGUCGUGAAGCAAGAUUGAUGGCCAGGGAACAUGUUUCCUGCAGUGCUUGAACACUACUCUACCAGAGACUCU